CAACAUGACACUGAAACCUCAGUGUGGAAAGCUUUAUUUUCCUUUUUUCGUACUGUCUGGUAAAUAAUGUUUCUGACGUUGACGAGGGAUGUUGGGUUUUAAUAAUGGGAACCCUCCAAUGGAUGGUGGACUUUUGAAAGGAGCUAAAUUGCGUGCUUUAGUUGCGUAUCAGAUGUUCUUUGCAUGACGGAGUGAAUGUCAACUAUGUCUUCGAGCCUUUUUCCCAAUGUAUCAACAACCUCGGUUCCCGACAAAGACAUUGUACUUGAUGCCUGCCAAGUAAUUUUGUAUGGAACAGUUAACCCCAGGUAAGGCCUUAACGAAAACAUGCAGCCGUUUUUCCCAGAGGAACUUACAAUGCAGCAGCCCGUUAAGCCGGUAGCCGGUCAAGGUUUUCUGAUCACUUAACACAAAACUGGCCGACAGUCCGAUACUCAUUUGUCACGUCUUUAGUUGACGUUUGUAAACAAGCGAACUAAGUUUAGGAUUGUAGGGUCUACAUUGUAAUGGGCGACAAGGCAUAAUAAUUUUUUCCUAGAAGUAAAUAUCCUAACCAGCAGUUUUGCCUUGAAGAACACAGCUUGUUUACAGUUCCAGACCUUUUGUUUGACUGCUCGCGCGUACUUGAAUACGCAAAAAUACGGACUGUUUUGCAGUCUAAGAUCUUUAUAGAUAUUUUCGAAUUCUAGAAAGAAAAAAAAUAACGUAUUGAACAUUGAACAUCUUGGAGCACAUGUACACUUAAGUAUGGGACACUAUUUUUACGUCUCCUACUUGAGACGGGACCGCCAUUUUAGGUGGUCAUCCGAGCCACGCUAAGGUCCAGCCGCAGUUGCGGUGCAAAGGAAGUACCUUCAUUUCUCAGUUAUUUUAAGACCCUGAGUAAAUGGCCCGGCCCCGGGAAUCGAAUCCACGACCUCCCGCUUUGUAGUCAAGCGCUCUACCGACUGAGCUAAUCCUGCUGCGGUUCAGUUAAUGAGAGACAAUUAAUUUAUCUUUAAUGUAUUGUCAAAUAAAUUUAAUAUACUCCAGGCCAUAUAUGGUGCAACAUAGGUGAAUCUACAAGCUGUGAGCCAAGAGAAACUUCUUUCCAAAUAAUUUACAGUAACUACAUGUAUACUGAUUUCUGGCUGUACCUACAAUCGGCGACAAAAUUGUUGAGACAUUGUACUCAAAUAGGGUAACUUCUGAAAACCCCUCCCCUGUCCCCUCCAUUCAGAGUUGGGAUGUUUCUUGUUUUCUAAAGGUAGCUCGAACAGUGGCACAACAUUGCAUGGAGGGGAUGGGGGAGGAAACGCUAUCUCUUCCCCUUCUAAAGUCCGGAAAACGUCAAAAAGUCCAUUUAGGGCAAAGUGUCUCAACUCAUUUUAUCGCCAAUUGUCUGAAUCAAAAUCUACGCGCUGUUGUCCUAUUAGCACAGGUUAAGAGACGAUAACUAGCUGAGAUUACUAUAUUCACCGGGUCGUUUUUAACAAAAUGGAUAGGAUACCUAUAUCAUCGCAUUGCUGUGUUUUUCGAGGGAAAAUUAGUUUUGCCAAUCUUUGUACUCGGUAGUGUUUUCCAGUAAUUACGCGCCAUACCCACUUACCGAAAGAUUGAUUUUCCUCUGGUAUCUAAAUGUUGUUGCCAGGAGUCGAUGGCUGAUAAUAUAUUGUUUGUGAAUAUCUCCCGAGUAAGUGCGAAGUGUUUAUUUGAAGUUUGGCUAUUCAGUAAGGGUGUGAUCGACGAUAAAAUGGCCAUAACUGCUAUGCGCUGGAGAAUUUUCAGAAAAAGAGCUCCGACUUCUAACGCACAGCAAACCUGCAUAGCAUCCCUACAUCUGUGCAGAAGAUUAGUUUCCCAUAUACUUAAAUGAGUCUUUGAAGAAUGUACUUUACAGUAGAAACUAUGAGGUUAGGAGGAGAUUGGCCACGAGUAACCAUGAGUAACCAACUUUGUUCUUAAAGAUAAUCUAAUUAUUUUAUUUUACACUUAUCCUGGUUACUCGUGGUUACUCGUGGAAAUUUGUACUAAACAGGAAUUUUAGCGAUUAUAACUGCUUUAUUGCCUAGAAAUCUUUUUCGUUUUCUGUCCUAUUCACGUUGUACUUUGUUUCGAUAAAGGAGAGGGGUACGCUAAAUAUAGAGAAUAUAGAAUUUUGCACACUAACUUUUAUUAAACCAUUAAUCAUAAAUAUUAAACAACCAUUUUUUUUCUUUUCCUUUUUCUCGGCAGCUCCAUCAGGAUUUUUGAUGUGGUCCUUCUGAUUCCAAAUGCCUUUUUCCUCAUUUUCCUUGUGUAUAGACUUGGCUUUGCUCACAUACAGCUUCACAAAAUUAAGUGUCCAAUUGUUAAAACAGUUUAUUCCAUGGUAAGUUUUCUAUUUUAAGUACACAUCAAAUUUGAUUUCAGGUUACAAUUUUUUAACCCAGUUUGAUUCUCAGUUUCCUUUGUCUCCUAGUCCUAAAAGACACAGGAAAUUGAGAAUCAACCUGGGUUAAAAAAUUGUAACCUGAAAUCAAAUUUGACCUGUAACAUAUACACGUAAGUUCUAGAUACAUUAUUUGCCUUUAAGGUGGCAGUGUGUGGCCGAGCGUUUAGAGUACUGGACCUGUAGCCCAGAGGUCGCGAGUUGAAGUCCUGCCCUAACUGCUAUAGCUGGAUUUACUCUCGGUAGUCCUGAUUUCAAAUCCUCAGCCACACUUCUAAAAUAGCCAACUCAGGUAUCAUUCGCUUCCUAUCAUUUGGGAUUCUGAACUGUACUGACACAGAGGAGAAGUUUUAUUUGUUUUAGUUUAUUAUUUUAAUAGAUAAUUGAAUGCUAAUUUCUUGUCACUCUCUGCGGAUGAAGUAAUCAACAUUUUAUUCUAUUUUAGGUGAUCAAAAAGCUUCUUCCGUCUAUUAUUGCUCUCCUGAUUCCUUUUAACUCAGAUAUCUUUCAGUUAUUAUUUUUGAGACAAAAUUAAAAGUAUAAUGCCUUUGAAUUCUGACUUUGGUCUUUGUUUGAUACCUGGGGUGCUUACCAUUUACACAAACCUGACCCAGGUGGAAAUCCUUUGCAUGAAAAUGAAACUAAAAAAAUUGACGUGGUGUGAGAACAACCCACUCCAAAGUAUAUCCAAAUCAGAACAAACUAGAACGAGUAGAAAAAUUGCAUAGCUCUAAAUCACAUGCAGCCCAUGUUUUCUGAAGCUUCCCAAACAGAAUGGCACAAACCAUUUGACUUUCCAAUCGGGAUUUCCAGUUUUUCCCUUUUAAAUGGUGAGUGGUUUCUGUCGAAUAAUCCUGUUUUAUGGCUUCCUUGUGAAGUCUUUAAAUAUAUAUACAUUUGUAUUGAUGUGCUUAAGAUUGAGGGGUUGGGUGAUUGAAUAUAAAUUAGGACAAAAUCCUGCAAACAGCCUUUCAAGGAAUUAUGAGGACAAAAUUAAUUCUGAGUACAUAGAGUCCUUUACUAGUCAUGGACACCCCAAAAUUAGGUACUUAAAUAAAACAAAUAUUAUGUGCUAUUAUUUUUAUUGAAAUGUCUAUUUUCAUUAAAACAUAAAGUUGAAGAGAUGUUACUCAAUCAUGGAAUGAAUACAAUUUAAUGCAUAUUAAACAGGAUGAGCUUAUUAUUGUUUCCUUCACCCUGUAGGUUGUUCUUGUAUGUGUUGUUGGAAUAAUAAGAUGUUUUGUGUCCAUGCUUUUGUCAUCCAUCCAAAAACAUCCUCACCGAGAUGCCCUUCCAACCAAGGUAUGACAUACAGCCUGCCAGUUAAUAGUGAGUUCCAAACUUUACAUUUUUGUCUUCUUUUUGGUAAAUCUUAUAGGGAUGCAUGCUGGGAGUUGUGACUCUAAGGCUCUCAGCUGAGCUAUAAAAAAUAUGCUUGACUUGGAAAAAAUGAUGAUAACAUUCAUUUGUUUCAUGGGUAAUAUUAAAUUUGAAUUUGAAUUUCUCUUUUACAUUGUAUGUACAUUUAAUGCCCCUUAGAUAUAAAAUUUGUGUCACUUCCCCCACUGAAGGAUAAAAACGUUUGGGAUUUUUAAAUAUAUUCAAUUUCGUAAACCUUUUUUAUAAUUAUAUAGGGUGACAUUUUUAUUUCAUUAUCCUAUAUGCAUUUUUUAAAAAAUUUUAAUCCUGCAGAUUUUAUGGUUGCUUUUGAGUUGCUUCUUGUUAGCAGUGGAGUUGAGUGUAAUCAUAUUUGGAGUUUGGGCAGGUAGGUAAAUUGUGGUAUUGAAAAGUGCAAAGUGCAAGGCUGACUUAAGAGUUAGUCCAUGUGAUGAAAAGUUUCCUUGUAAGUAGGUAGGUGCAUGCAGGAUUUUUGCCAGGUGCAGAUAUAGAUACAAUUACAGUUGAAUUCCCUGUGAGUGACCUGACCCAAAAUGCAAAGACUUGGUGGGCGCUUAUGGGAGGUGACCACUUACAAGACAAGAACUGAACUAGGUGGGGUGCAGGUUCCUCUGGGAAAAAGUCAGGACAUAUCUGCUUUAUGGAAGAUAACUUCAUUGCAUGUGUAGUUCCAUAUUGUUGUUAAAAGUUCUUUAUUUUUUACAUAAUGCACUAAGUAGCAUAUUACAUACAGCAAACAGAAAGAUCAGACCAUGUGUCAAGAGCUUACAAGAGGUUAAAAACAAUGGAAAACUAAUAAAUCGUUAGCCCAAAAUGUGGUCGCAUUCACUUACAAGAGGUGGUCAUCAACCGUAGAGAGGUUUGACUCUUUUAAUUUUGGUGGUUUGGUCCGGUGGUGGCACACAAGAGGUGGUCGCACAUGGAGGUUCUACUGUAUGCCUCAAUGGCAUAUAGAUGACUGUGUAUGUAAUAGGGUGGACUUGCCGUAAAACAGUAAGGUUAAAUGCAGAGAAAGACUGGCCUGAAAAUAGGGUGGUCUGCAGGUUCAUCAAGAAGGUAGGCUGUGGCAAAUAAGGGAUUUUGAUCUUGAAGUUGAUUAUUAUUAAGAAGGUAAAAUCGUAGCCUGUGAAGGUCACUGCAGGGAAUAAUUGUGUUAACUAAAGUUUGAAAAGUAGUGGAAAGGUGGCCUAACGUAGAUUGUAAGAACUUGCGCCUGUAAGAAAUGAGAAGGUAGCCUGUAACAAGUGAUCCCGCUAGAAUAAAUGUAGCCAGUUUUUAGCAAUUAGUUAGUAAAUGGUACGUUAUACGGCCUACAGUUUUCCUGUUGUUAAAGAUAAGUGAGUACAACUAGGUAACCUGUGGGAGGGGAGUGACAUAAUAUCAAAACAGAAGUGUACAUGGUCCUGGUUUGUCAAGUGAGGAAGCAGGCUGUGACAUAUGAGUGGGAAUGCUUACACUUAGAGAGAGCCGUAUAUCCUAUAAAAGGUAGAAGUCGGUGACAUGACAUUCGCCCCUGAACCGCCCUUAAACGCCCGUGGGGAUCAACGUUCCUUGUAUCGCUUUUGACGUCAUCAGCUUUAACGGUUAAGGACAAUAGAGAGGAGAGAUGAGACGUCACGUUACCACGGUAGCAAUAUUUCUGGAUGACAACAAAACCAACGACGACGGCGACGGCAAGGAGAACGGCACGCAUUUUAGGCAUCCUACUGAUGAACAGUUCGGACACUUAGAUAUAUUUUUUAGCAACUACUAUAAUUUGCAGUCUGUCUACUUUGAAUUGAAUUGAAUGUUUAUAUUAACAAGCAACAACUUUGCACGUGAAUCACGCUAUUUUAUACAUCUCUUUACCAUCGUUGCACCACUACGACUACGCCCGCUUUAUGUAGUACAUGUAGGUGAACACAACACAAACUUGGAUAACGAUAGAUACGGUCCCAGAGAAAAUUUCGCCAAGAUUUGCCAAUUUAAAUGAAAUUGAAUAAGAUCGGUGAAGUUUGAAAUAAUGCGAAUAGACUACCAAAAAUUUUGCUACCAUGGCAACGUGACGUGAGGACUUCUCCUCUCUAUUUUUGCCAAAUGAACGUGAUUCAGUCAAGCCGAGGGACUGCAGAAAAAGGCAAAAAACCAUGCUACGCGUUGACCCAAAAUUCCGAUUAAAAUCUUUUCCACUUACCCGCGUGCACUUUCUUCCAUCUGAAAGCUUUCCCGAGAACCUUUUUCCACCGAAAUGAAGUUUUAACUAAUAAAUGCCCAACAAAAGAAAAAAGUGGGGCAAGAGAAGCGAAAGAUAAAGGGAGGAGGCCGGAAAGCAAAAGGUAAAAGUCGAGAAUUCGGAGACACUUUUGAACUCGAGAACCCAUCUCCAAAUGUUGCUUCUGCGCAUGCUCGAACUUUGGAAGGUGAUAUUUUGCAUCUGGAACAGAAGCCCGCGAAGUGCACGACCUGUAAAUCAGAACACGACUUGACUGUACGCAAGUUCAUUUCUAAGGACAUAUUAGUUCGUCUCUACAAGGCUUAUGUUCUCCCUCACCUAGAGUACUGUAGUCCCCUUUUACUGGGAGUAGGCAAUGCCGAGACUACCAAAACAGAGACAACUAAUUAUUUUAUAUUAAAGGAGCUGUGUCACGAAAUUCAGCCAAAUUAGGAAAUUACAAAAUGUCCGUUUAAUUAAGAGAAACAUAAAAAUAACCGCUUAAAACUUUAAAGGAAGGUUAAAAUAACAUAAUAGAAUCAACAGAUGUCACGCAUGGGCAAAACUGAAGAGGAUUGAAACGGAUUGAAAUUAGGAUUUUUGAAAACUGUUCAGCCUAACAGUUUUUCAAAGUUUAUCCCUGCUGCUUCCAACUUCAAAAAUAAUGCUCAGGAGAUAUAUUUAUUUGUCUCGGGUCUCUGAUUUUGUCAUUUACAUGUAAUUUCUUUGCUUACAUUAAGUUCCAUAGCGAUUGAGAGCGAGUAAUUGGCAAAAUUAAACAAAAUGAACUGCACUACCGUGACACAGCUCCUUUAAGAACUAUAUUAGGCUAUUCGAAGUCUGUGUCAUAUGACUUUCUCCUCAAGAUGGCUGAUAUCAAGUCCUUGGAGAAACGUAGGCAAUUCCAAUCUUUAGUUAUGUUAUACAGAUGCUUGUAUGACAAGGGGGCACCUUAUAUCAGUGAAUUUUUUAAUUUUAAGGAUGUACCGUACAACUUACGUGGGCUUAACAGAAGGCUAGAUCUACCUCCCUUUAAUCUGGAGUUUAUGUAUCGAUUCUUUACAUUUUUAGCCAGCAAACUUUGGAAUGCGUUACCUACAAAAGUCGGAGAAUCACAAGACAUUCACUGAUUGCAUCAUUUAAGCGAUCUCUUAAAGCUCACAUGGCUUAGGGUGUAGCGCUUGUAAAUUUUGUAAAUAGCUUUAGUUUUAGAUUCUUCUUCUAGCCAUUUUGUAGAUCUAUUUAUGGUUAGUAUUUUUACAGUAGUAAUGUAUAGGUUGCUAGCAUAAUUUUUUUUUUUUUAAUUUUCUAAUUUGUAUACACGUACACUGUUUAACGAGAACUUUAGUGCUCCCGGGUGUUACUUGUCUAAAUUAAUUAAUCUAAAUUAAUCUAAAAAAUCUAGCUUCAAAACGCUUUUUUCAGCAAAAAUCUCAGUGCCGAAUGGGUUAACUGUAAAUGCUCUGUGAUAUUACUCGUCAGUAGGUACGUAGAUUAAUAUGAUAUUACUCUUUGAUUUUAGGCAAUAUGCAAGACGGAAGAAAAGGAGUACAAAGAGUAUUAUGUGUGACAUCAAUAUGUGCUAUAGCUUAUUCAUCUGCUCAGGUUUGUUUAUUGACAAGGCUGUAGAACAGUUUUUCUCCCUUUUCAUGGAUCAUUAAUAGUAUGACGUCGCUCAGCAACCCUUUGGGCGAGUAGUGAAAAAGCGGGCGAGCGAAAAACGGCGGGAAGAAAGUAAGCAUUUCUUCAAAUACCUCAGUCGACUCACUACCCCUCCCACUUCCAGAUAAUAAAAAUGUUUCUCGUGUCAAAUUAUCAUAAGUCAAACUGUGCUGUGUAGGUGGGUCUCACACGCUCGCCAUUUUUGUUUGACUCUGCGCGCCCGGAGCCAAGUGAUUGACGUAAGUGUUGCAGUUAACUGCCAAAAUUAACCAAUCGUAUAGUAUACUAGAGGCUGGUAUACCAGAGUGAGGCAUUGAAAACAAUGCUUAGAGGUGUCCCUUCCCAGUUUCCCACGGUCUCCCAGUUCCCGCGUGGGUUCUGCGCAACUUUUCGCGAUCCGCUUCCCCUACUAUUUUGGAGCCUGGAACUGACAAAUAUUCAGCCAAAUCACAUGGCCGUUCUGCAGUUCGCAUUUAUGAUUUACUUCAUUGAAAGACCUUAUAACUGUCGUCCAACCUGGACUGUCGUCUCGUCGUUUUACUAUAGUGAGCUUUGGCAAAAUAACAACAGAAAGAAGAGGACUGCAAAGCGUUUAUAUGCCAGGCAAAGAUGACAGGCCUAUUACUAGCGUGUUUUGUCAUGUUUAAAGGAAGGUAAAGUUUGGCGGAAAGUUUUUUUCCAAACAUAACUGUUAACACGCCUGUCACACUAGGUUUGUCGUCUUCUUUCCUCUCCCGUCCUGUUGCGUAGGUUCAAUUUUGUCGUAGUGACGGAAACAAGUUCUCAAAUGUUAGAAUUUCUAUCAGUUUGCGAUCAAUGAAAGGCUCGAACUCCUUCAAUAAUCGCGGGUAAACAUAUCUUAAACUUGCACAUUCCUUUUACCAACAGGCAGCGUUGGAAUUUGUUAGGUGUCCUGGAUUGAAGGGAAUUUAUGGCAAACACAAGUAUGAUUUAUUUGGUCAUGGUGGGUUGCUGUUUUGGUCGUCGACAUCGCUCUUCUUCGCAAUGGUAAGUCUCUCAAGAAGCACACCUUUCCGACUUCUCCCGGUCCGAAAAGAAAAAUUAAGUCGGGAAAAUUUCCAUAGCCUCUCACGCAGACGCGUCAAGCCUCGUGCAAACGGACGCAACAUUGUUGGCCAACAAAUCCCAACAUUAUUGUGUCUGUUUGCACGCCCUGUUGCAUGUUGUUACGUGUUGUUGGGGGUUGUUGCGCAAAGAUUGAAACCGGUCAAACGUUUAGCCACGUGCAAACGGAUGCAACAACACCCAAAAUUGUUGGGUAGCUUUACAGUUACCGAAGUAAGGUCGAUGGGUUAAUAAGAACUCAAAGUGGCUUAACUAGUCAAGAGAAAGUGAAAUGUACUUUUUACCAAAUACGUAUUGUUAACGCUGUGUUUAACUUGGGGCCAAAUCCUACCUGAAACUGUUUAUUUUAAGUUCGACAAAACAACCGGAUUUUAUGCGCUGCUGUGAAUAGCCUGUUCCAGGCGUCCAGAUCUUGUGGACGGUGCAAAGUUUCAAGUUCAAGAUUUAAGUUUAUUAAAACACUUUGGAUACAUAUCAUAAUUGAUCCUUGCCCGCAAAAUAGCCUAGCUAAUCGAGGCGGGAAGAAAAAGUAAAAAAAAAAAUACGAUAACACUCGCUCAAAGCGCACGUCCACUCGCUCAGAUCUCACGUGCAGAAAAAAUUUAGCGGGGGGGGUGGUAAAGUAGUGGCUAAUUGCUGCGCUCACUCCUUUUUCAACACUGGAAGAGGAAUUUCGUAUCUCCGCGCGGCCAUAUAAAAUCCUCUAUAUGUCUUAUUACGUCCCUUACUUUUGUGGCGUUUACGUUUCACAAAGGAUUACCUUGUCUCUUGUGUGUAGGUUUAUUUCGUCAUUGUGAUAUUACCAUGCACCAAGUUAAGGGAGUGCUGUAUUAUUCCCGGUAAGAAGUAUACCUUUACUUUAGUGCUCUGUUUGGAUUUGACACUCGCCUGAGCGAUAUUCGUCCAAUGCCAUGUGAACGUAGCCUUUUCAGCCUUUUAGUACGAGUUCUUUAUCACUGGUUUAUCAAGUGUUCAGUAACCAGAGGUCGAUAGGCACACUGUAAAUCAGAAAGAUCUGUUUUAGCCCUAAAGAUGCAGCGGUUUCGGUGAGUAAAAUAUGGUCCUAUUUUUUGGGUCUAACCGGGCUCCAUAAUCAGGGCCACCACAGUCCAGUUACCUAGGGCUGAUUUGCACUCAGGGGUUGCAUAAGCCCCAGCAUGGGUUGGAAUAGGCUGCCGAUGGGUUUGUUUUGGCUUAUAUUGUGCUCAAAUGGCUCCAGGAGGGGCUGAAUCAGCCUUUGACCUGCAAGGCUG